AUGCUAUUCAUGAAUGGAAAUGGAUUUGGCGUUCAACCAUAUGAUGAAAGUAAGAUAAAAUGAUUUUUCUUUUUAAUCAAUAAGAGCAGAUGAAAACAUUGAUUGAUGUGGCUUGUUGAAAUAUGACCUGUAAUGAAAGGUUUCUCAUAGGAAUGACUUUUCGUUUGUUUUCAAAUGUUUGUAGAAUAUUUUGUACCUAUGAGCAAUUUAUUAUCACAUACUAUUAACGCAAUAAAUGGAAAAAUAUUUGUGAAGUUAUGUUAACUGAUAGAUGACUCAUUUCUCAAUACACUGAGUAAUCAUUGAAGAAGAAGAAGAAUACCCCGCCUUUCGGCUACCUUGCGGUAUAGGGUGCUGUCCGAAGACAGUUUCGAGAAGUCCGAUAUUUUCCUACAUCUAUUACUAAAUGUGGCUCUGAACAGAAGGCCGGCUUGACUCAGAGUUCUUCUCGUUUAAUUUCUUAAGCUCCCUAUACAUAAUGACUAAUCAAAUACUAGUCACAAGGACCAUUUAGUGUAUGUCAACAACGUAGUCAACUUGUUAUCGGAUGGGUGGUCCGAGACAAAACAGUCGUUAGUGACUUGUCCAAGGCCAUUCUAUGACUGAUGGAGGCCGAGGUUCGAACACAGUAUCUUGUGGAUAUAUGUCAAACAUCUUAACCAUUCAGCCAUAGCGGCGACGAGUAAUCAUUGAGGAAGAACAAAAUAUUUCUUUAUCAGUAUUCGAUAAAAUUCGAUUUCAAUCAAGUAAUUAUGUGAAUCAUUUCACAGAAAUAACUCUUAUUAUAUAGCUAAAUGAUGAGUAAAAGAUUUAUUUCUAUUAGAAAAAAAUGUUCAGUAAUUUAUAAUAGGAAAUAUUGAUUUUGUACAGUUUAUUAUGUUGUCAAUUUCUAUUUUAGUAGACAUGAUGCUUAGUCGUAGUGUUCUACCAACUCCAUAAUGUUAUUACAAACACACAAUAAAAACAGCAAAAUCGUGCAAAAUUUUUUACAACCUCUUUCUCUUCCAAUUCUCUUCUUCCCAAUAAACCAAUAAUUUCUCCUAUUAUGAUCGUCUUUUUCUCUUAUUUCUUCUUCAACAAAAAUUAAACAUUGUUGGUUGAAUGUAUGUGUUAUAUGUUAAUCUCGCACUUCCUUUUUGUUGUUUACUUUUUUUCUCAUAUCUUUUAUCUCACCUUUCUUUAUUAGUGCCAUCUCUUAUUAUCCUUAGCAAAUUUCAAAUACAUUGUUUUUUUUAAUGUAGUAUUGCAGAAAAGAUCUACAGGGUAUGGUUGUGGGUGUGGGUGUGGGUGUGGGGUGUGGGUGUGGGGUGUGGAUGGGUGGUGUGGGUGGGUGUGGAUGGAGUGUGGGUGUAUUCUAUCUCUACAACUGCUCCCAUACGCACACCCCCACCCCACUCACACCCGCACCCACACCCACCCACACCCACACCCACCCACACCCCCACCCGCACCAACACCCACCCACACCCACACCCACACCCACCCACACCCCCACCCCACUCACACCC